AUGACUGCUGGAAAGUUUGCAUUCCAAUGGAGGCCUUGGGCGAACCUACAGGCUUACUAUGCGGCUGUCUUUAUUUUAAUCGGCUCAGUUAUCAGUGCAUGGUUUCCCAAUCGAUUUGUCGCAGGAGCCAACCUGUUUAUCAGUCUGCUCAUUAUUGGCUUGGAGCAUCCGUUUCCAUACAUGGAUAAACUUGGAUUCGUUUCAAACAACCUGUAUCUACGAGCACUCUUGUAUGCGGCAUGUGUUGUUCCUGGAUUGAUUCAAGCACCGACACAUACUGGAGUGCUAUGUCUGUCCUGUGCAGCACUGACAUACUUGUGGGCUGCAGUGUGUGGUGAAUCGGGAGCUCCUGCUGGAAAAGGCAGUGGGAAAAGCGCUACGUAA